AUGGCCAUGGACGAGGAAAUGACCAUGGACAAUAAUGUAUUUCUUAUCGGGGAGGAAGUGGCCAAAUACAAUGGCGCCUACAAGGUUUCUCGUGGUCUUCAUGAGAAAUAUGGAGAUUCUCGCGUCGUUGACACGCCCAUCACUGAGGCUGGCUUUACAGGCCUUGCCGUCGGUGCUGCGCUGUCAGGGCUCAAGCCAAUUUGCGAGUUUAUGACAUUCAACUUUUCCAUGCAGGCCAUAGACCAUGUUGUAAAUUCUGCUGCCAAGAUCCUGUACAUGUCCGGAGGCCUUAUUGGCUGUCCAAUCGUUUUCAGAGGACCUAAUGGUGCUGCUGCAGGCGUCGGUAUGUUUUUUCUGCCCCAAUUUGUAGCUGCCCAGCAUUCGCAAUGCUUUGCUGCGUGGUAUGGGUCCGUUCCUGGCCUCAAAGUUCUGUCGCCAUAUUCUGCAGAAGAUGCAAAGGGCCUUUUAAAGGUAACCCUGCCCGCCUUAUCAUUUAAGGCUGCAAUCAGGGAUCCAAAUCCAGUUGUGUUUCUGGAGAACGAGCUGAUGUAUGGCCGAUCAUUCCCAUUGACUGAAAAUCUAAAAGAUUCCAAUUUUGUGCUUCCAAUAGGGAAGGCCCAUGUUGAGCGCGAGGGCGUUGAUAUAACGAUCGUGUCCCACUCCAUGUUGGUGGGCGUGGCUCUCGAGGCCGCACAGAAACUAGAGUUGGAGUACGGCGUGUCUUCAGAGGUUAUCAAUUUAAGAAGCAUUCGCCCUUUGGACAUAGAUACAAUCCUCACGUCUCUGGCCAAAACAAACAAUUUAGUGAUCGUCGAGGGAGGCUGGCCAAUGUUUGGCAUUGGCUCUGAAAUUUCAGCCCAAGUCACCGAAGGGCCUGGAUUCGACUUUUUAGAUGGGCCAAUUAUUAGGGUAACCGGGGCAGACAUCCCCAUGCCCUACAAUCAGGUUUUGGAGCAGAACUCGCUCCCCUCGUUGGAAACGAUUGUCCGUGCAGCUAGAAAGGCCCUUCAACUUUAA